GAACGCAUCUAGUUCGCAGUGAUCUCGUUUCGAGAAAUUUGUUUCGAAGUUUUUGCUUAUCGUAGUCGAUUGAUAAUUUAGAUAAUCGGUAGUGUUAUUAUUCGUGAUUCGUUUAACAAAAGGAACUAGUUCUACAAACGCCUGGAGGUAAUUAUGUGAUAAUAAUAAACAUUAUAUUAGUGACUAUGACUAAAACCAUUGUGCCGCCAUUUUAUAGUGUACCAGGUGUAUAGAAGUACGCCGUGUAGGCUGUUCAGCUUUUGCUGGUUGAUUGCUGGAAGCAAGAAAUCCUUUUCUGGAUUAUUAAUUCAAGUUUUCUUCUCAAUAUUACUGUGAUAUACAACGUAUUAGAAAAAUGGUCGAUAGAGAGGAGAUUAUCGCCGAUUUGCGAGCCGUGCUGAUUUCGAGAAAGGAAAUGGCGACCGUGGUGAACCUCAACCGUGACUUUAAGGAGCUUCAUGGGACCUACAUACCGUUCAGAAGACUAGGAUAUUCCAAUGUGGAAGAUUUUCUUCGAAGUGAUCCGACUUUUGUGAUUAAUGGCCAUGGGAGUGAAGCGUUCGUUACUGUUGUGCCGAAAAAAGAAUCUAAGCAUAUUAGUGAUAUGAUAGCUAAGCAGAAGACCUCGCGAAAAAGAUCAGCUCCCGUAUUGCCGCCUAGAAGUUUAAACGCGCGUUCAAUGCAUAUGACCCAUGCAAAUACACCACCCAGGACUUACUUUUCCAAUAUAGGACAGAAUAGAACUUCACGGUCAGCCCAACAAUAUUGCAAGAAACCUGCUACUCAACAUUGGUAUCCACCAAUUAAUAACGUUACGGGCCAAUUUAAUUUCAUGCAGAACCAGAAUCAAUCUUUGGUACAACCAAGACCUUCUACUUCGCAGGUGCAACCGCUAAUUUCAAGAUUGAAUAGCCAGAUGCAACCGCUAAUUUCAAGAUCUAAUAGCCAGGUGCAACCGCCAAUUUCAAGAUCUAAUAGCCAAGUGCAACCGCUAAUUUCAAGAUCUAAUAGCCAGAUGCAAUCGCAAUUGAACACAAUGAGAUCCGGACAUAUGACAUUUGCAGUAUCAAAACCUGCUGUAUCUACUCCUCCGGUGGAAACAACAAAACCUCCAGCUGCUCUAAUACAAUCCCAAGUACCAAAACCUGCUCAACCUCUGAUACAAUCAAAACCAUUGUCUUCGCCGGUACCAUCGCAAGUACCAACAUCUUUGCAAGUAACAACAUCUUCGCAAGUUCAUCCUAAGACACAAUCUGAACUAUCAACACGUCUGCGUUUGGAGUCCGAAUCGCAGAAGUCUGUUCAAAUUCAACCAAAUGUGAGUGUAAAGUCACCUUUAAAACCACAAAUACAACUAAAUCAAAGUUUAAAAGAAAAUACAACACCGAAUGUACCUCAGCUUUUGAAAGGAAAUUCUCAAGCACAAGUUUUACCACCUACAUCGAAAGUAGAUCCCGUAACUACUUCCUCGGAAUUACUCGAGAAGAUGUUUGAGAAAAGACCAAUGAGGAUGCCAAAGGCUGCUCAGAAGGUUGAAAUAGUGCCGAAGAAAAGUGAUUCUUCAAUGCCGUACGCAUCCAAUGACAAUAACAAUAAUUUAAAUACGAGAUCUGUUUCUCUCAGAAGUGCCAAUACCUACAGGGGCAGUUUUAGGACCUUGCAAGUUACUAUGCAAACAAAUCCUAUUAUUAUCAAGACCAGUGCACAAGAUAGACUGGAUAAGAUAAGACAUAGGCAGAGUCAACGUGAAAUCGACUAUUCUUCGGGUAAAUCAGAGAUUACCAGUCCUGAAGUGAAAAUGACUCCAAUGCCUGGUGUAAAAGUGUCGCAACAGUCCAGGUUGUUGAAAUAUAAAAAUCCUGAUUUGAGUUCUGAUCCAUUUGGUAGCAAUAACAACAAUAAUGAAGCCAUUACACCCAAAGUAGUACUGGAAGAGUUUAUUAGUUAUCAAAAGCUAUUGACUGAUUAUUGCCGAGAAAGAAAUAUCAGUCCACCGCAUAUUAGAACCGCUCUGAACGAUGUUCAUAAACAUUUUAAUAUUGGUGAACGCGAAGAAUCGUACGGGUGUGUUGUUAAAGUCGGGAAUGUCAAUAGUUUCGGCAGCUUUUGUCCAACAUAUACGAAACCAGAACAAGCUGCAGAGGAUGCAUGCAAAAAAGCUCUGCAAGCUUUAAUAAAAAUUUAUGGCUCGGUGGAGGAUAAACAUUUAGCAGUCACAGACGGUAAACUUGUACCAAAUCGCUUGUGGCAGCUUCUUGCAGGCCAUAGUAAGGGAAAAUAUACUAACGUCAUACCCGAAGAAUAUCGUGCGGAAUAUCGCGAAAAUUUGCCCGAAGAUUGGUUGGAUAUUGUUCGAAUGUGCAAGACAUUCAAUAUUGAGGAAUCUACCCCCGGAGGUAUGAUUGUAAGCGUAAAAACACAACCAGAUGUGCCUUUGCCUAAGCAAGAUAGUGUUGACUUUGUAGAUCCUCCUCCAAUUGUUUUACCUCGCAAAGAUACCUAUUGGAAUGUCCACAUAACAACUGUGUGUUCAACUGUUGAAAUUUGGUGCAGACUCAUUGGAUCGCAAUAUACGAAUUUGUUUGAUGAAUUAAGUUCGUAUAUGAAAGAUACGCUUGAUGCGAGCAAAAUUAAACCUGAGACUGUUUUUGUGGGAGCUUAUUAUGCGGUAAAUGUUACAGAAACAUGGUACCGGAUUCAAGUACUUGAAGUUCAGGAUGAAAGGGCUUUAUGCUUUUUUAUUGAUAUUGGAGGAGAAAGCUGGCACUUGCAGGUCGAGUUAUACGUGUUGGAUAAGAAAUUUAGAUAUGUUUCUGCACAGGCGAUACUUUUUCAACUUGCUGGAUUGGAGGAGUAUGCGGAAAAUAAGUAUGCACUGGAUCUUUUGAAUGAGUAUAUGCUAAAUAAGAGCCUAAUAGCAGAAGUGUUGCAGGAUGAAAAUGGUGAGAGUGCCGUUUUCCCUGUUAUUUUGUUUGAUACUUACACCGAAGAGGACGUGAAUUUGAACGAUUUGCUAAAGAAGAAAAUUAAAGAUGAGGAGAAAUCGCCUAAACUCAGGGAGAAGGGCCGAAUUAAUGAUAAAAUCUUUGUGUCUUAUAUUUGUGACAACGGUGAUGUUUACAUACAAAUCAGGAAUGAAACUUUCACGUACUUGAUGAGCCAGAUUCAGCAUGUUAACGAUAUGGGAUUUUCCAAUGAAGAUAUUGCUGAUUCUGUUAAACUUUUGCAUGAACGCUCAUCAGACAGAAUGUAUUUGACGGCGAAACCAGAAGAAAAUAAAUGCUAUAGAGUGAUUGCAAUAGGACCUGUCGAUAAAGGUCAGGUACCUGUAUAUUUUGUUGAUUAUGGAUUCACAGGUGUUGCGGAUAUAAGUAAGAUAAUAGCAACGUUUAAGGUAUCUUCAGUUAUUGACGAAUUUCCUCACCAGGCUUUGAAAGUGACUUUGACCGGUUUCGAAGAUUUCACACCGUCCUUGGUUUCGCGUCUCAGGGGAUGCUUAUUUAAUAACAAUCCUAUCCUUGUUAAAGUACUAGAAAACGCUGAAGUACCUGUUGUGGAAAUCUUUAUGAGAACACGCGAUCAGUUAUUGAUCAGCGUGAAUAAUGCCAUCCAAAAUGAGAUGGAAUUAGAAAAAAAUUCUUUGGAAGAAGAAUUUAAUCUACUAGAAAAACGCAUGAGCAGGAUGUCUUUGUCUAAGGCGGGAAGUCUAACCAAAGCCUUUUCGUCAUCGCUUGAACAAAAGACUUUAAAAUCAAAGUCUUUGCCCGAACCACAGAUUCCAUGUGUAGAAAGUUAUUUUCCGGUGACUGUGAUAAUGGCUGCUAGUCCGGAAAAUUUUGUGGUGCAACCUUGCAGCAAAGACAACCAAGACUUCCGAAAUAUGAUGAAAGAGUUACAAGUUGUAUGUGAUAAUAAUAAAUCUUCUAUCCCAUCAAGCCAGGAAAUUGAAAAAGGAAAUAUUUAUGCUGGGAAGUAUACUGAUGGUAUCUGGUACAGAGUGCAGGUCACUGAAAUUGCAAGAGAGAAUUUAGUUGUUGUUUAUUUUUGCGAUUAUGGAGAUUAUGAUGUGAUGAAAUUUGAUGAUUUACAGAAAUUAUCGCCACAUUUCCUUCGAGUAGCUUAUAAUGCUUUAAGAGCACGAUUGGGAGCAGUUAGUUUUAUGAAACAUGACUGGUCCACCGAAGAUUGUCUUCGUUUCCAACAAUUAGUUUGUAACAAAGCUUUUGUUGGCAUUGUUAAUAGCUUAGGAUUAGUGGAUUCUAAUAAUAACGAAAAAGUUAUUUGUUUAACCUUAAUUGAUACAGAUUCUGAAAUGAUGUUUAUAUAA